CAUCCAAAAUUCAUGAAUCUGACUAGAUAUAAUUAUUUGCAAAAUUUAGCUUUCAUCUAAAAAAGCAUUAAAGAAGCCAAUUAUGUAGCUUUGGAUUUUGAAUUUACAGGUGUGCUUGCUUCAUCUUUAUUAAGAAAUUCUCUCCUUGAUUCUGUACACCACAAUAAAUUAUCAAGUUUUAAAUGCGAUAUUGGAAAGUCAAAGAAAAUGUGAGACGAUUCCUACCAAUUUAAAUGGGUCUAUGUACUUUUAAAGAGUAACUCAAUUCUAAUAGUAUUAUUGCUCAUCCAUUUAAUUUUUAUAUCUUUCCUUAUGGUGUAGAUGGUUAUUUAGAUAAACAAUUCUAAUUGAGUGUAAUUAUUUAAUUAUACAUAUAUAGAGUAACUCUAUUUCAUUUCUUACAAAUAAUAAUUUUGAUUUUAAUAGGACUUUUAAUGAAGGAAUUCUUUAUUUAUCCCAUUAGGAUGAAAAAAUUAUGAGAGAAACUAAAAGAAUAUCAGAUUUAAGAAAUGAUAUGAGAUAUUUAGAUAAAAUUGUUACAUUUGAAAUGAUCAACUUUAUUAAUCAAUACAAAGUCUAAGUUGAAUAAUUUCUUAAACUAAGUGAUAUUGAUUAAUUUGAAAUUCCAAUAAAAAGACUCAAAGUCAAAGUAUAUAGACAUUUUAUUGAAAAUGUAUAAAAAAUAAUGAGUUUAUUUUUAGAUAAAAAAAGAAUUUGGAAAGAGCUAUGAAUUUCAUUGUAAAUAUGAUUCUGAUGUUUUGAUAAAAAGAGAGAAAUUGUAUAUUGUAAAAGGACCAGAACCUUUGGAAACAAAAAAAUAGAAUGUUGAAGAAGUUAAUGAAUUUGCUGGAGUGAGAGUGUUACUAGAUCAAAUUAGUUAAUAAAAAACUCCUCUUAUAUUACAUAAUGGUUUAAUGGAUAUUAUGCAUGUAAAAUAUUAUAAUGAUUUAAAAAGGUUUAUGAUAAAUUUUUUGAGACUCUACCAGAUUCAAGAACUGAAUUCAUUAUAAAGGUCAAUUAAAUGUUUCCAGAAAUAUAUGAUACCAAAUUUUUAAUCAAUUAAAGUUAUAGUGUAUACAAUAAAGUUGGAUAGUUUUCUGAACUUAAGAACAGUUUUAUUAAUUUAUAAAAUCUGGAACCAAAUGUUGUUUUUGGAGAUGAAUGUUAAGAAUACAAUAAUCUUGAUGAGAAUUAAGCCUUUGAACAUGAAGCUGGAUUUGAUUCAUAUAUGGCUGGAAGUGUUUUUUAUAAAGCUAAAAAAUUAAUGAAUCUUGAUUAAUCUAAAUUAGAUCUUUAUAAGAACAAAGUUCCAUAAAGUUCAAUUAAAAUACCAUUUGAUUUUAGUGAUAAAACUGGAGAAGAUAAAUAUCAUAAUAAAUAGAUUUUUAUUUUUCAUGUUGAAAUUUUAGAAAAAAAUUUAGUUCCUGAUUCUUUGAUUAAAAGUUAUUUCAAAGAAACUUAUACUACUGACAUAGACCUCUUUUUAUCUUAUGGAUAAAACUUUGAAUAUUUUAUGGUUUUUUAAACCCUUGAAGGAUCUUAAUAAUUUAGAAAAACUAUGAAGAAUGGAGUAACAAUAAGUAUUAAUAUAAAAAAAUGUAUAGUUAAAAUUGGAGAUCAUGAAUUUAUAAUUACAGAAUAUGAAAACUAUGUACAAAAGCUUUAGAGAAGAGCUAAAGAUGAAUUGUCAAUAAAAGAAAUGCCUACAAUAUUAGAAUGA